CUCUCCUGUCUGACCGGCGAUUUCUCCGUGAGGAUUUGUGGACAGUAGCGUGGAGUUUUCCAAAAUGCCUGAAGCAAACUAUUUAUUAUCUGUAUCUUGGGGUUAUAUUAAGUUCAAGAGGAUGCUUAACCGGGAGCUGACACACCUCUCCGAAAUGAGCCGCUCCGGCAACCAGGUGUCUGAGUACAUUUCCAACACUUUCCUGGACAAGCAGAACGAUGUGGAGAUUCCUUCUCCCACCCAGAAAGACAGAGAGAAGAAGAAAAAACAGCAGCUCAUGACACAGAUCAGCGGAGUGAAAAAAUUAAUGCAUAGUUCGAGCUUAAAUAACACCAGCAUUUCACGAUUUGGUGUGAAGACAGAAAAGGAAGAUCAUCUGGCCAAGGAACUGGAAGAUCUGAACAAGUGGGGUCUCAACAUAUUUAAUGUUGCCAGGUAUUCCCACAACAGGCCUCUCACCUGCAUUAUGUACGCUAUAUUUCAGGAGCGAGAUCUACUCAAAACAUUCAAGAUCUCAUCGGACACUUUUGUGACGUACAUGAUGACGCUGGAAGACCACUACCACUCGGAUGUUGCUUACCACAACAGCCUCCACGCUGCUGAUGUUGCCCAGUCCACGCACGUUCUGCUUUCCACCCCGGCACUGGAUGCUGUCUUCACUGAUUUGGAAAUCCUCGCUGCGAUUUUUGCAGCUGCAAUUCAUGAUGUGGAUCACCCCGGGGUCUCCAAUCAAUUUCUUAUUAAUACAAAUUCUGAACUCGCCCUGAUGUACAACGACGAAUCCGUCUUGGAGAACCACCAUCUGGCUGUGGGUUUCAAACUGCUUCAAGAGGAGCACUGUGACAUCUUCCAGAACCUGACCAAGAAACAGCGUCAGACACUCAGGAAGAUGGUGAUUGACAUGGUUUUGGCGACAGAUAUGUCCAAGCAUAUGAGUCUGUUAGCUGAUCUGAAGACUAUGGUGGAAACUAAGAAAGUGACCAGUUCAGGAGUCCUCCUUCUGGACAACUACACAGACAGAAUACAGGUUCUCCGAAAUAUGGUACAUUGUGCGGACUUGAGUAAUCCCACAAAGUCUCUGGAGCUGUACCGGCAGUGGACGGACAGGAUCAUGGAGGAGUUCUUCCAGCAGGGAGACAAAGAGCGAGAGAGAGGAAUGGAAAUCAGCCCAAUGUGUGACAAACACACGGCCUCAGUGGAAAAAUCACAGGUGGGAUUCAUUGACUACAUCGUCCAUCCGCUCUGGGAGACGUGGGCUGACCUGGUGCAGCCUGAUGCCCAGGACAUCCUGGACACGCUGGAGGACAACAGGAACUGGUACCAGAGCAUGAUACCUCAGAGCCCUUCUCCUCCGCUGGAGGAGCGGGGCAGGGACUGUCAGAGCCUGAUGGAGAAGUUCCAGUUUGAACUGACGCUGGAGGAGGAGGAUUCGGAUGGGCCGGAGAAGGACAGCGAGAGCAUCGGCUACUUCAGCAAUACAAAGACACUCUGCAUGGCCGACCCAGGGGAAGAGGAUUCACAGAGAGAGGCCAACAUAGAAAUUGUGACAGAAGAUACGUCUCCUGUCGACACAUAA